AUGGCUAGAACUGCAACACGCCAAUACAUUGUGAAAUCAAAACCAAAAGGGGUGGAGAAUGAGGAGAACAAAAUCCCAACUUCUCAAAGUGAAAAAGGGGAGGGUAGUUUAGAUAAGGAUAGGAAGAGCUGUUUGGCCCCAGAUAAGGAGGGAGAACUAGAGUCUAGCAACAAAAUUGUCAAAAGGGUGGAACCAGUAGCCAUGGUGGGGAUAGGGGAAGUGGUAGAAACCGCAAAACAAGUUUUAGAGGAACCAGAAAAUAGAGAGGAAGUCCUAACACAAGGGGAUAACAAUAAGGGAGGGUGGAAUUCUUGUGUUCUCUGGUACUUAGCUGAUGGGGGACGAAAUGAAGGGAGAGAGAGGAUGAAGAAGACUAUAAAACAUGGAUGGAGACAACAUGAAGGGAAAAAAAUGAGAGUUGAAAAAGAGCUGUCGCAGAUGCUGUUAGUUACCCACAGCAUCCCGGGACCCAAGAGGCCAAGAACAUGA